UUUUCUCUCCUGUCUACUAGCCUUUCAUGUUCGUGAAAUGCGCACAUAAAUUGUUAUGACUAACAGCGACUGAUUCAAAUCUAGAGUCCAUCCUACAAAACACAUUAUUGCCUCGGGAUAACGAAAAUCUUUUGUCAUUAAUUAAAGCUGGGUAGGAAUGCAAUUGGUUCAUUUGCAUUUAACAAUGCUCACCAAUUUAUAGUUUUUAUUUCAAAAUAGUUCUGUUAAUUUUUUUGUCUUUAAUGUUUUUUUCUUCAUUUCUUUCGUUUUCUGUGACGUCAACAGGAGACUGGACAGAAACAAUCCUACUUCCGGUCUAUUUGGCGGUCAAUCAUUAUGCCCAACCAUCAAGUGACCAUUUGCCAUACUCGUACUCGCASAUCCGCAGAUUGGCAAAACGAGCUUUUGUAGUGUUUUGAUCAAGUGUACGGGCGCAAUAGUAGUGUCAAAAUCCAUCUUUUUAAAAAAGGAAAAUACGGAAAUAUCACAGAUCAGCUUCAGUUACGACAGCAACUCGAUCAGUGUUGAGCACGAGAGAAAAUGGUAAAUUGACCCGGCUAUUCGUAUAGUAGUCUUUGAGCCACUCUUGUACUUUGUUUAGUGAACUACCGCUUUGGGAAGGCCGGUAUUUCUUAUCUCUUCCGUCUGGCUUUCGGUGGCAAACGCUAAACUUACGUAUUCAGUGUUCUGUAAACAUCGCUGCUAAGAAACUUUUGAUACCGUAGAAACAACAGCUGACGAAAGUUUGUUCUACUUGAUGGACUGCAUGGAAACAUAUAUGAAAAGAGGAAUACAGUGAAAAGACUGAAGAUAGGACAGCUAUAAAACUGAACGCGUUUCAAGGGACUUCAAGAAGAAAAUGGCGUCGAGGAGCAAAGCGCUCAAAGAACCUAUUUUAGAGGACGAUAAAUCCGACGAAAAUGACUUUGAAGACAAUGAUGACCAGCCGGUUAUMAAUUCAAAAGAAAAGAACGACCUAAAGGUGAAACAAAUUUCGCAAGACGAACGCUUGAAGCCAUCCAGAGCCGAAGUAGAGGCGACGCUGGUUUCUAACUCAAUCCAAGCAGCUGGCAAUAUCGAGAGCAAAAUGUCACAUGUCGACAACGAUGCUGGAGCUUCUUCGGGCUCAUUUAAGCGUCUAAAUUCAAAUCUUGAAGGGUCAGGGAAUGCUGAAAGGCCAGUUUCUUCGUCCAAACACAGUUCGAGUUGGAUAAGUUUUGAAGAUGACCUUGUAGAGAAGACUUCUAAAAGCAUGGCAACAAAACAAAAUAUCGUGGGAACUCCCCUCGCACCGGUUGUCAAUGGUGAUUUGAAUCAUCGAAUUGACCAAACUACGACUAUUGCACAUAAUAAUUUUGAUGGCAUUGCAAAGAAACCACAGGAGAAACUUUCUGAAUAUCCUAAAACAAAGAACCCACUUCCUCAAGAUGCCUCAAAUACUUCGAUUGAUUCAAAUAUACAACAAAUAAAUGGUCAUAUAAGCCAAAAUGUCGACGAACUCUCCAGUCCUUACUGGGUUACCUUUGAUGAAGAUUCCAAAGGCGCUAUGUCCACAGGUAGAUCAGCCACUGUUUCUAGUUCAGGUUCUGCACAUCCUCUUUCUCCUACACAACCAGACUGGGUCACAUUUGAUGAAUUAUCAAAGCAAAUGAAAGGUGAUCUAAGUGUCAAUGUAUCCAUUCCUGAUCAAACAUUUGCUGAACCGUCCACUCCAAGUCCCAAUCCCUUUUUAAAUGCACCAAUGAGCAUAAGCAUGACUAAGAAUCAAUCUGGUUUACAAGGACCAAGCCCUCUAUCUGUUGUUACUAAUACCAAUCCUUUUCUUACUGAUGAAAGUGUGUUAGGCCUACCAGCCACCAGCAUUGCUCCAUAYCCCCUUGUAUUAGAUCAACAGGGCGUUGAUCUGUCCCAGUGGCAUGAUGUCAGUGUUUUAGAACGAGGAUUCAAACCAGAUGGAACCCCAAAUGAUGAAGUUCCUCCACCUCUACCGCAGACAGAGGAAGCAAUCGCUGUAACCCCUACUGUUGUUGAUCACAUAGAAGAGGGAAUUACUAAAGUAGCAGAGGUGACGGCAGAAGAGAAACCUUCUGUGAUAGAAGAAUCUGACAGUGAAUCUCUUGGCGAAGAUUUUUCAUUGGCAACAACAAACACGUCUUGGAACAUGUUUCUUCGCUUUCCAGAUAAAAAGAGAAAGAUAACCCCAAGGGAAUGGAAAUCGGUUGUGAUUAAAUUGGAUGGGAACACCCUACAAAUUUAUGAAGAAUAUGAACUUUCUGCCCCUUUUAGAGAAAUUCCACUUCAAGCCAGCUUCAGUUUUGACCCCCUGAGGCUUCAGCCAAGUGGUCGACAUGGAAAAGUGCACACUACCAAGCUGGUUUACUUGAAUUAUAAAGAAACAAGAAGUGUCAGGCAAAAAGGAACCUAUGAGCACAUUGCAGAAGGUAUGCCGAUAAUCAAAGUUGGGUCCCAAAGUCAUAUUGUCAUGAGAGAAUUUAUGGAAGCCAUAGGMAACUCUAUCCGUACUUUACCAGCUUACAGAGAUAGAGGCAUCACAUACCGUAAGGAUGAAGUGUUUGUUGAUAUAGAUGACACUUGUUAUGCUCUAGUUGGUGGUGAUGGUACUGUUAAGAAACAAGGUGGGAAUGUAAUGGUGAAGAUUAGAGCUUUYCUKACUGGUGAYCCUGAAUGUCAGCUUGUCCUCAAYGAUGUUACUGUAAAAGAAAGAGAAGAAGCACGGCUGAGAGGUGAAYURAARCCUCAACGUGUGCAYCACUGGAUCAAGAUCAGAGAAUGUAAUUUCCACAAAUGCGUUGAUGAAACUUCAUUCAGUGAUUCCCAUGCGAUCAUUUUUCACCCAUUAGAUGCAUGUACAUUUGAGCUAAUGAGAUUUAGAGUGAAGCAACACAAACCUCUUCCACUUUGCGUGAAAGCUGCCCUGACCAUACACAGUGAACAAAGAAUAGAACUAAGUGCAGAAAUCAAGCUCUGUCAAGAUACUAAAAUGUCCAAAUAUGCUAGAAAUAAUGUAACUUUUAGACUGCCCAUCCCCGAGACCUGGGUACCCCUCUUCAGAACAGGAGGCUUUUUAGGAAGGGAGAAGUCAAUCAAAUCUAGUAAAGGCAAGCGUGCUGCUGGCAUUAAAAGUAGACUGAAACAUUCAAAGUGUUCAAUUGCUGCCAGUCUUGGCACUGCAAAGUAUGAAGCAGAGUAUUCUGCUGUGGUGUGGAGGAUUGACAAGCUUCCUCUUAUACAGAGCAACGUCCCUGUUGAUGCCCCGCAGACACUCAACUGCGUCCUUGAAUUGCCUCGUGGGAUGGAGUGCCCAGAAACCUAUCGACCUUAUGCUGAACUUGAAUAUGAUGUUUCUCAUGAUAUUCUCUCUGACACUACAGUCAUAGCUGUUAAGGUAUCCAACAAGAGCAUUCCAGAGAAGUGGGUUUGCUAUCGUGCCUUCUACCAAUAUCAUAUUGACAUGGAUGUGCAUAGGCCAUCCACAGGACCCGUUAAAGAUGUUGGUUGUGCUCAGCAGUGAUGAUAGUAGGUGUACGAAAUAUUACUUUAGUUUUCUCAAAGCUAUAAACAAGUAACUUAUUUGUGUAUUAACUUGAUUUUCCUAAUUAAGGUUUUUGAUUUUGAUUUUUAGCUUUUAUGGUGUAAAAUGAAUACAAUUUGUUAAUUUGAGCCAUAAGUAAAUGUAUGUAAUUUUGAUUGUUUUAAUUAGAUUGUGGUUUUGUGGAUGGGAUUUUUAGCACAAACAGUGUUCUGUUUUUUAGCGCUAAAAAUCUUGGYUAGAUUAUCAAAUUACUGGAUUAUUCAAUCAUGUUCAAAUUCAUUAGCCUUCAUAUCUUCCAUUUGGUUUGACAACAAAAACACAGAUUAACAGACCAACACUGAUGGUCAAUGUAGCUUAAAUUUUGCUUUAUAAGCUUAGAAGAGGCUUUGUCAUUUCCUAUGCUGUUACUCAACUUAAUUUGAAGCAUGGCCUGUUAUUAUUGACAAAGAUAUUGUAGAUUUUUGCAUAAUUGAGUGCACCUGCUUUUUCAAAGCUCAUGAAAAUUAUUGUAUUUCUGAUCUAAACUAAAAAUCACUGCCCAUAUUCAAAGUUCAAGCAAAAUAAGAAAUGUUUUCAAAUCAUACUAAUGAAUUUGUGAAACCAUUAGAUUGGUAUAUUACAUGUUUUUAGUCAUCAAAUAUAUGCUUUUUGGUGAUAACAACUUAAAGUAAAUAUUGGCCAGUAUUCUCUUAUCAUAGUCCUCAUUUACAUUUCUUUUUGUGCAUAUUUUCAAAACAGCAUUAUCUGCCAGUCUUAUGUGUAUUAUCUUAGCUUUCAACCUACUAUGUAAAAGGCUUACAUUUAGGAUAUUACUCCAAAAUAAAAUCUUGAGCUAACAUACUUGUAGUGAUUCAUCUGAAACAUUUUGUAUAUUGUAAAGUAUAAAUACAGUUGUGCUAAAUUUCCCAUUACAGCAUGUACAAAAAUAAGUGGUUAAUAACAUGAAAAUUCAAUGUAUAUACCAAAUCUAAAUAGUACAUUGUAAAUACCAUUCAAAUAGCAGUUUGAAAGCAGCAUUGAGUUUUUAUUAGAUUGAAUUUAUUAAUUCACUAGUUUUUUAAAAUUGGUAGGAUAUUGGGUUAUGAUGAAAUAUGUAUUUAUUCGUCGCAGGGAAAGAUAAUGACAUGUAGGUCUUACUGAUAAUAAUAUUGUGUUACUAUGGCAAUGUAAAACAAAAACCACUCAAUUCAGUUUUUUUUUUUUCUUUUUCAAAGAAAUCCUUGUUGAUGGUGUCAAACCUUGGUAAUCAUUUACAGUUAAUCAGGCCAUAAUUAGUAUGUUUGAUAAAAGCAGUUUUUUAAUAAAUAUCACAAACAAGACCUUGAAUAGUUGUUCAAAAUGGUUGAUUUCAAUUACCACAAUCUUAUUAGGAAAUCCCAAAUCUUAUUAACCUGUCUUUGUUUUACUUUGCUACAUAGCAAUGCCUAUUAAAUUUGUCAAAACUGACAUUGGUCAAAAGAUCCAACUAUAAUCGGUAUGUAAUUUAAAAUACAUCUUGAUCUGACCAGGAAAAGCUUGCCAAAUUGUCCAAAAAAAUCCAUCAGACCUUUGCAGCAUGUCUUUUCCUGUCAUAUCAAAUAUCAUAAUAAUUAUGUAGAUAAUAAUAUAAUAAYAAUAAUAAUUUAACAAUGAUCUUAAUUGUAUUUUAGCUUAAAACAAAGGUUGUGUACUAUGUGACUACRGUUUUCAAUGACACUUGUUUUGAAUGACAUCCUUUGAUGCUUCAAAAUUCUAAGUUUGAAGUUGAUCUCUUCAGAGUUAAACGCCAUCAUAUUUAAGCAAGUUUCAAUAAUUUAUAAAAAUCAUUCUAAUAUUUAUGUCUUCUGUAGUUGUGUUUUGUUUCUUGACUCUUUCUUCACUGUUGUACACCUGAUCGAAUUUAUUGACGUAACAAGCAAAGUCUAGAAACUUAGAGUCCUUUCAGUUCUCAGAUUUUACAAUUUGCAUCACGUGUAUAACUAUAGAGUACCGGUAUAUACUAGAGUGAGCGCACUUAAUUCGUGAAAUAUUGCUAACCUCUUUGUACUAUUUUGUGCAAUUUAGUAAAUGGUGUUCRUAAAUACACAAUGGUUAUUCAAAGACUGUUGUGCUUUUGAAUUUGUACAAUUUCACAAAUUAAAUUGUGAGCACUCGAACCAUGGUUUGUCCAACAGAAAAUAACAAUAACAAUAGUUUAACAACACUUAUCCCACAUGUAAGAGAACUGAUGGUAUGUCAUAUAAUGAUUAAUAACAGAGUCUUAGACAACUUGUAAGAGAGUACCUUUUUAGAUGUGACAUUGUUUGAAUGUGAGCAUUUUUGAUUUUCUUUAACAUGCCUAACACAAUAUACACGUAGCAUGUAAAUAAGACAACCUAUUAUAUUGUUCAAUAAAUGUCAUUUAUUGUGUUCA